CCCCCUCCUCUCCCUCCUCCCUCCUCUCCCUUCCUCUCCCUCUCUCCUUCCUCUUCCCUUUUUUCCCCUGAAAGAGACCACGCUCCUCUUAAUAAGAACAAAAAGAACAGCGGAUCCCAGCACCACCGAUCAAGGGAACCCUCACCCACCAUCGUGAACAGCAGGCACCAACAGAAGCAUCCCCCAGCCGCCCACCAGCACACCAGCAGCGAAACCAGCACCACGGCGGCAGGCACCAGCACCACCAGCCGGCACCAUCACCAGGAACAGCACCAGCACCACCAGCACCUAGCCGCACCAGCACCGCCAGCCCAGCACCAGCACCACCAGCCGCCCCAGCACCACCAGCCCCACCAGCAGCACCAGCCGCCCCAGCACCACCAGCAGCUACCAGCCACCAGCCGCAGCAGCACCACCUCCCAGCACCACCAGCCCCACGAGCAGCACCAGGCCCGCACCAGCCCGACCAGCAACACGAGCACCAGCCGCCCCCAGCAGCACCACCCCCACCCAGCCCGACCUAGCACCACCAGCCACACCAGCACCACCAGCCGCCCCAGCAGCACCAGCCGCCCCAGCACCACCAGCCCGACCAGCCCGACCAGCACCACGAGCACCAGGCCGCACCAGCACCACCAGCAGCCCCAGCACCCACCAGCCGCCCCAGCACCACCAGCCGCCCCCAGCACCACCAGCACGACCAGCCCGCCCCAGCACCACCAGCCGCUCCCAGCACCACCAGCUACGACCAGCCGCCCCAGCACCACCAGCCGCCCAGCAGCACCAGCCGCCCCAGCACCACCAGCCGCCCAGCAGCACCAGCCGCCCCAGCACCACCAGCCGCCCCAGCAGCACCAGCCACCCCAGCACCCAGUCCAGCCAGCCAGCGCCACACAACCCAGCCAUGCCCCCAGCACACCCCCACAGACAGCACCCACCACAGCACCAGCCCCAACACCAGCCCAACACACAGCCCAGCAGCCCCCAGCCAGCCAGACCAGGCACAGCCAGCAGACACAAGCAGCCCCAGAAGACACCAGCAGCCCCACACGCACAGCAGCCCCACAGCACCAGCCCACACAGUCAGCAGCCCCAACAGCACACCCACCAGCCCAGCCCAGCGCCACGCCAGCAGCGCCAGCCGCACACCAGCAGCCAGGGCCCCCAGCACCCCCCACAGACAGCCAGCACCCCACCACCCCCACAGCACACCCCCCACAGAACACAGCAGACACCCCAGGCCCCAGCACAGCCCCACCAGCAGCCACCACCAGCCCAGCAGACCCCCCACACCCUCACCAGCCCACACCCACACAGCAGCCACCCACCAGCAGCCCCACCAGCAGCAGCAAGCCCAGGCCCCAGCCCACCAGCACACACCAGGGACAGACAGCCACACAGACCCACAGCAGCCACCACAGCAACCAGCAGCCCCACCCAGCACAGCAGCCCCCACCAGCCCCAGCCAGCCCCCCACCACCAGCACCAAAGCAGCAGCACCGCACCAGCAAAGCACCCCCACCCACCCAGCACCCACACCUAACCCGAGCAGCACCAGCCCCACCCAGCACCCAGCAGCCAGACAGUUCAGCAGCCCCACCAGCAGCCCCACCAGUCAGCAGCAGUCACGCAGCCACACCCCAGCACAACCCCAACCGAAGCACACAGCCACAGCCACAGCACCCCCCCCACAGCCCACAGCCCCCACCAACAGCCCACAGUCCCACAGCCCCAACCCCAGACCCCCCCCAGCACCAGACAGCCAGCCCACCAGCAGACACCCAGUCCACCCCCCCACCAGCCAAGCAAGUUCAGCAGCAGCACAGCCACCAGACCCACGCACAAGCCAGCCACACCCCACCCCACCCCCAGACCCAGCCAGCAAGCCCAGCCACCACAGACCCAGCGCCCAGCACCCAGCCAGCCAGCAGACACCAGCACCCCAGCCCAGCCACCCCACAGCAGACCACAGCCACACCCAGAGACGUCAGCAAGCAGCCCACCAGCACACCCACCAGCCAGCCACAGCAGCCAGAGCCACCCCCGCCAGCACACAGCCCACCAGCCAGCCCAGCACCCACAGACAAGCCCCCCGCCAGCACAGCCACAGCCAGCCCAGCAGCCACCCCCCCCAGCCAGCCACGCACCAGCAGCCCCCAGCAGCCACAGCCGCCCACCCAGCGCCAGCCACCAGACCCCCAGCCCAGACAGCAGCACACAGCAGCACACCAGCCACCAGCCAACCAGCACCCAGCACCAGCCACCCACAGCCAACCACCCCCAUUCCACACAAGACCACAGGCCCCACCAGCCAUCCACACAUGCAGCACCCAGCAGCAAGCAGCCAGCCCCCGCACAACACAGCCCCCACCACAAGCAGCCAGCCACAGCCAGCACACACCAGACCCAGCAGCAGCACACCAUUCACACCAGCCAACAACAGCCAGACAGACAUCAGCAGCAUCACCCACCAAACCACCCAGCCAUCACAGAUUGCCAGCCCCACAGCCAGCAGCAGCCACCACCCACCACCCAGCACACAGCCCAACACAGCCACACCCCCACCCAGCCAGCCACCACACACCCCCCAACACGCCCCACCCCCAGCCCCCCACCACCCAGCCCACGCAGCCACAGCCCACCACCCCCCAGCCCCAGCAUCAACACCCCAGCCAGCAAGCACCCCCAGCACCCACAGUUUCAGCCAGCGCAGCACACAGCCCAGCAGCCCAAGCCCAGCACCCCCAGCAGCCGACAGCCAGCGCAGCCACCCCCCAGCCACCCCCACCAGCAGACCCCCAACACCCCAGACCAGACCACAAGCCCAAGACCACCCAGCAAGCAGCAGCCCACCCCCCAGUCAGCCCACAAGCAGCAGCACAGCCAGCACACACAGCCCCCCCACCCAACAGCCAGCGCCCCACCAGCCACACCCAGCACACCAGUCAGCCCACAGCAGCACAGCUACACACACACCCAGCAGCAGCCACCACCCGACAACCACCAGCCAGCACCAGCAGUCACCAGCAGAGAAACCAAGCACAAGCCCCAGCACAAGCAGAGCCACAGCAGCAGCAGCCACCCACACAGCCCCCCCCACAAGCCCCAGACCCUCCCACCCCACCAGCCCACCAGCCAAGAGCCCCAGCAGCCACCAGCAGCAGCAGCACAGCAGCAGAACCAGCAAGCCCAGAGCCACACACCAGCAGCCCCAGCCAACCCCGACAGCCACAUCACAUCCACAGCAGCCAGCACAGGCAGCCCAGCCCCCAAAGCCAGCCGCAUCAGAACCCACACCCAGCCAGCCAGCAGUCCCACCACCACAGCCACACCAGCCCAGCCCCAAGCCCAGCACCCACCCCAGCCCACAGCCCACAGCCCGACACACACACAGCCGCCCCCAGCAACACCAGCAGCCCAGCACCAGAACACCCAGCACCCCAGCACCAGCCCCACACCCCCCCAAGCAGCCCCCCCCAAGGGAAAAAACCAGCACCCCAAGACGCAGGGCCCCAGCACAGCAGCCCAGCAGAAGCCCCCACAUGCCGCACCACAGCCCCAGCCAGAAGCCAACACAGCACAGCCCACCCACCGCCAGUCAGCACCCAGCAACCACCACAGCCAGCACGCACAGCCAGCCAGGACCAGCCACGCCACCCCUCAGACACACAAGAGUCACAGCCAGCCAGAGCAGCCAGCCACCAGAGCAGCCAAAGCCAGCAGCAGAGCAGCACACCACAGCCCAGCCACACAGCCACCCCAGCCAGAACCACAACAGCCCAGUCCCCCAGCCCCCCACAGCCAACCAAUGACCCCAGAGCAACCAGCAGCCCACCCCAACCCAGCAGCACCAGCACACACCACAGCACAGAAGACCCAGACAGCAGCACCAGCCAGCAGAGCCCACCACCAGCAGCCAGCACAGCCAGACCCAGCACCACACCACCAACAGCCAAAGCCCAGCAGCCCACCACAGCCAGCCCACACAGCACAGCCACCACAGCCCGCAGCAACCCCCAAGCCCAGACCCCACAGCAGCACACCCAGCAGCCCAGCAGGCCACGCCCAGGCAGACAGCCUCCCAGCAAAAGCAGCAGACAGAAGCCCCACCCCCCAGCACACAACAGCAGCCCCAGCAGGCACACCACCACAUCAGCAGCCACCACAGCCCCAGGAAGAGCAGCCCAGCACAGCCAGCAGCCCCACCAGGGCCCAAGGCCACAGAAGCAACAGCAGCACAGACACGGCAGCAACAGCCCCCACAGAACAGCAGCAGCACACCCCACCACACAGCCCAGCCCCCACAGCCAGCACCACACACAGACCACAACAGACAACCCCCAGCAACACGCACACCAGCCAGCCAGCCACAAAGCCAGCCCAGCCACAGCAGACCAAGCCCCAGACCACCACCAGAAAGCAGACAGCCAGGGGGGGCACAGCAGCCACCCAGAGCUCCCACCGCCCAACACCCCACCCCACCAGCCACACCAAAGCACCACCACCCAGGCCCAAGCAGCCCCAGCAGCCAGAAGGCAGCCCACGCCCCCCCAGCAGCCCACACAGCACAGCAAAGCAGCAGCCCGCAGCACCAGCACCCAGCAACACCAAGAUCACCCACCCAAACACCCACCACCCAGCAAAAAGCCACAAGCAGCCCCCCCAGAGCAGAAGCAGCAGCCACCCCAGCAGACAAGCACACAGAACGCACAGCCAGCAGGCCACAACCCCCACCAGCCAGCACAUCCAUUUUACAGCCACACAAAGCAGCAAAUCAACAAGCAGAAUAAACAAACAUCUGCAACAAAUAAGCCAGAGCAGCAAACAUGCAACCAGCAAGCAAACCUGCCAAACAGCAGCAAGCAGGCAAUCUUAAAGCAAGACAAAGCAGCUAAGCAGCGCAUCAAAAGCAAGCAGCAGCAAAAAAAAAGAAAGCAUCAAGCACAAUGCAUCAAAAAGCAAAAAACAAAUGCAGGGCAGGCAAACAGCAAACAAAAACAGCAAGCAGCAUCAAGCAGCAAAUCUGCCAUACCUGCGCAGCAGCAAUAA